CCAGGGAGAACCGCCUCGACACUGCCGCACACCUACCCUUCGCCGCCCAGUACACACCUCUCUGGCUUUCACGCAGUCACGUCUUGACGGCCUGCCGGCAUCUCUCCGAGACAAUGACAAUCUCACGGAGACCUCCGCGGCGAUGGUCACUUUGCGACAGCUACAACUUCAUCGCAAGAUAUGUUCAUCAACAAACCCGAAGUCAUGCGUCGAGAACAAGGAGAGCCAAACCUCUUGCCCUUGCUCAAACCCGUCCUACCCAGCUCUCGCCAACCUGCCCCGCGAUUACUCGAACCACACCACCAAGCGAGCCCAACCACCAGCAUGCCCUUUUCCAAGGGGCAGCUCAACGUGGCUUCCACAACUACUUCGUCACUCACCUGCCGUCAAACUCAAUGACGCCAGACUCUCGCAGCAGAAUUGGACCUCAUCACAAACUACCGCGUUCAGCAGCAGCACCACACACUGCCAAGCCGGGAGCUGCUCCAGCGCUGUCCCCUCCGCACCUCCCCUCAAAUCGCGAGCUCACAGUCGUGCGGAUACCCUUGCAUAGUGCGAAGCAUCACUUUGGGGUGACGGAAUCGCGGGGGUCCAGACCUUACAAUGAGGACUCCCACCAAGCAGGCACAAUAGACAUGCCCGCUUUCGCCAAGCGAGUUCCAAUUAGUCUCUCGCGAAGCUCUAUCAAGAAGAGCGGAGAAGGCACGUCCGCAGACAGUGCCUUUGGCGACCCUCAAGUCUUUUACUUUGGAGUUUUUGAUGGGCAUGGUGGUGCCGAGUGCAGCAAGUUCUUGCAAGACGAGUUGCAUGGUUACAUCGAGGAGGCAGCAGCCGAGUUCGAGCUCAAGAGCAGUCUCCGGAAACAUCACGGCCAUGUGCUGCCGACCGCCAAUGAUGUCCGCCGGCAUUCUUCGCUGGAGGCGCUUGAUGACAACGAUGCGGAUGGGGUUGCGAAGCUGGACGCGGUUCAGAUGCGGUCUGCUGACGAUGUCAAGGCCUUAGCGGACAUUCCUACCAUGAACGAGAAGGGAGCUAUUGGCAAGUUUGACAAAGCUCAGGCGGUCGCCGGAGAAAGCCCGGUCCCAGCCAAAGUAUCACAGGCAAAGGCCUUGCGCCUGCAGAAAGAAAUCGUCGACGAAUACAAGAAGUUGAUUGGUGGCUACUACCGGCGGUUCAGCCCCAAACACUUCUCUGUGGGUAAAAGCGAGGGCGAUGCGGAGACGCCGGUGAGCAUCGAGUCUGUUUUGACCUAUGCUUUCCUGCGUGCCGAUCUUGACUUUGUCUCGGCCCAAGCCCGGAAGCCGGACCCAGAGGACCCCUAUGUCUCCGAUUCGGCACUCAACAGCGACGAGAUCUUAGGCAGGCCUCAUCACAAGCCACCGUCAGGCACUGGCAUAGGCGGGCAGACGCGCUUCAAGGGCGGCUCCACGGGCUCAGUUGCGCUGAUAUCUACGCCGAGCCCUGCGCCAUUCUUCCACCCGUCAGCCUCGUCGACUCUCAUCGUCGCACACGUGGGAGACACUCGGAUUCUUCUGUGCGAGACUGCUACUGGACUUGCGAGGCCGCUGACGAGUGACCACCAUCCUGCGAACCCUAUGGAAGCUCAGCGCCUGCGUCGAUAUGCGACUUCCUUCAUCACGGAUUCCUUCGGCGAAGAGCGGUUCCAAGGACUUGCCAACAGUCGCGCGUUUGGAGACAUGAAGUCGAAGCGUCAUGGAGUGUCAGCAGAGCCUGAGAUCACGCGGACCGAGAUGGGCCCGGCCGAGUACAGUUUCCUGGUCCUGGUGUCCGAUGGAGUCUCGGGGACGCUCAGUGAUCAGGAAAUCGUCGAUGUUGUCAAGGAGGCCAACACACCAGAACAGGGGUCCAAAGCAGUGGUCUCCUUGGCGACCGAAGUCAGCACAGAGGGCGACAAUGCUACUUGCAUGGUGAUCAGACUCGGAGGCUGGGAGCGCAGGAGCGAAGGCGGGUUGGGUAGCCUUGGGACAAAAGAGCUCCGUGAUCAUCGGCGCAGUGAGGCGUCCGAUCCCCGAAGAGGCCGGAGAUGAGAUUACGGUGGUAACGGAAAGGGGCGGUCUGGCAGGUGCAUGGCGGAGUUGUGGAUUAGCGAACAUUUCAAUCAUGCAUGCAUACUUUCUACACGGGACAACAUAAGCAACAGUGUCUCGAGCCUUGUCAGUAUAUAAAAGCACACACACACACAUUAUACUUCUUUGUUCCAUUCACGUGG